AUGGACGAAGACGGCCCUAGCUUCUUGCUGCCGCUUUCUCUGUUCUUCGUUGUGGGCGUAAGCCUUGUCAUCAACCGCGGUUUCCAUAACAAUGCCGUGCCAUUCAGGAUACCACCACCUCCUCAGAUAGGCCCCCGCUUCGAAGCGCGCACGAUCCCGAAUCCUAACGUGGAGUCGCAUCAACGUCACCCGGAGCUCAGACCUUCGCCUUGGAUCGAGGGCAUCAGAUAUAUCACUUGUUUCGACCCCACUGGUGGCUUCUAUCUCGACACCUUACCAGCGGACAACACGGGUCAAAUUCUAAACAAGAUCGCGCGUGCAGCGGACGCCCAGAAGGAGUGGAAGAAGACCUCAUUCCGGGAUCGCAGACGUGUCAUGAUCAGCUUGAAGGAAUGGCUCGUCGAUAAUCAGGAGACAUGUGCGAGGGUUGUGUGCCGCGACACCGGGAAGACUCUACUCGAUGCCGCACUGGGAGAAAUUAUGACGACAUGUUCGAAGUUGGAUUGGCUGAUCAAACACGGAGAAGAGCAGCUGCCCCUCUACAAUGCCUGGUCGCCUAUCGUUGCUGCCCUGUUCUCCGGUAAUGCUAUUGUGCUCAAAUGUUCUAAAAAUGUAGUCUGGUCGACAACGUGGUUCGUCGAGGCGGUCAGGGAGUGUCUGCGGGCGUGCGGGCGCGAUCCUGAACUGAUCCAGCUCGUAACCAUCACGAGGUCUCCCAUCAUUCGUCACAUCACCUUCAUUGGGUCGGAGGACGUCGGGCGACAGGUAGCGAUGGCCGCAACUGAGCACCUCACACCAGUCACUCUGGAACUCGGUGGUAAAGACCCGGCCAUCAUCCUGCCGUACACGAACCUCAAGCAAUGGGCCAGUCUUUGGAUGCGUGGUAUCUUCCAUAACGCAGGCCAGAAUUGCAUCGGCAUCGAGCGGCUCAUCCGUCGCGCAGAGGAGCUGCGGCUUGGAUCGACGCUCACUAAUCCCGGCGAUGGGUUCGUACCCACUGUAGACGUCGGCGCGAUGAUCAACGAAGACAGGGUGCGACACACGGAGGAGCUCGUGCGGCUUGCUGCGAAUGCCGGUCUUGAUUUCCAAGGUGGAGAGCGGUACAGGCAUCCGUACCUUGAGCAUGGUACAUACUUCAUACCGACCGUCAUCGGCGAUGUGAGCCCCCAGUCGCAAUGCGCGCAACGCGAGCGUGAGUGUCUCCGCGCCCGUACUCUCAUUAUCAAGUACGAAACUGUUCAGGAGGCCAUCGACAUUGCCAAUGGCACACGCUACGGUCUCGGAGCGAGCUGCGUCAAGGUGGCGAGGCAGCUGGAGUGCGGCAUGGUCUCUAUCAACGGCUAUGGCGAGUUCUACGUGAGCGACCAAGAUCUUCCGUUCGGUGGCACGAAGUCGAGUGGUUACGGCAGAUUUGGGGGCGCUGAGGGUCUCCGAGCGCUCACGACGACAAAGGCAAUCGUGGAGGACCGCUUCGGGUGGGCCAUGCAGACAACAAUUCCUCGGCAACUCGACUACCCCGUCGGCUCAUUGAAGGACAGCUGGUACGGAAUUCGUCAGCGAGCUGAUCGCUUUGCCUAUGGCAACAGCUGGUGGGCGCGGGCACAGUCGCUCGUGCAGCUCAUUCGGGCAUCACGCAGAUAG